AUGAAAACGGGUAGCGUGAAUAACUUGGACCGGAGCCAGAGCGCGUUCCGAGUUGGAGUGGCACGACCCCCUCUUCUCUCGGUGUGUAGGGGCCGCUGGCACCAGCACGCACAAGUGCCCAUGGAGGGGGGACACAGCAUCCUCUCCAUCGCUCUAUCCAGCAGCAGCUACUCCUACGCCUGGGGGGACAACUACCCCGCCUGCCACCCCCUCCUGGAGGCGCACCACUCGCCCAUCAACCUGGACUACGAGGUGACCCGGGACGAGGAGCUGGAGCAGCUGGAGCUGGAGGGCUUCGACUUGGUGCAGAAGGGCCAGUGGAAAUUACGCAACGAUGGACACUCAGUGAUUCUGGAUGUGGGCAGGGGCAUGACGGUGAGUGGAGGAGGCCUGCCAGGCACCUACAUCACCCAGCAGCUGCACUUCCACUGGGGGAGCCUGGCCAACAACGGCUCCGAACACACCAUACACACACACAGGUUCCCAAUGGAGAUGCACAUAGUGAAUAUGAAGUCCAACCACCCCAACAUGAGCAGCGCCAUGGAGGACCCAUCAGGCCUGGCCGUCCUGGCUGUCUUUAUUGAUGUAACAGAUGAUGGGAAAUACAUGGAGAAUACCAACUUCAUCCCUAUCAUCAAGGCUCUGUCAUCAGUAGCCCAUAAAGGCCAGAGUACCAACGUGAGGCCGUUUGCCCUGGCCAAUCUCCUGCCUCUGGAACACCUGGCCCUCUACUACCGUUACCAUGGCAGCCUGACCACGCCCCCCUGUUCCCAGGUGGUGGAGUGGACCAUCUACGAAGUUCCCGUGGAGAUCUCCUGGUCCCAGUAUGAGCAGUUUGCUUCGCAGCUCUUCUCCACGGAGGAGGAGGACGACCAGGACGUGCUGCUCCAGAACAACUUCCGCCACGUGCACCCCACCUUCAGCCGCGUGGUCUACGCCUCCAGGGAGGCCCAGCUGCUCCUGCCCGCCUCCUGCCCACCGGCGGCACCUCCGCCUGGGCUGCUGCUGCUCUCGCUGCUGCCUCCUCUCUGGACCUUCAUCCACACCUACCACCUAUAUCUGGAUCCAAGGUCAUGACACUGUGCCGUCCAGUCCACAAAUUGCACAUGACGCAUGGAGAAGGAAACUCAUAGAAACACUGGAUUUUAUAUCAAUAUGGACUACCUGAUAUUAAAAUGGAAACAAAACGUGAAUACAUGAACUUCACCUAUUAAAUAUGUCUUGAGGUGAUUAUGUACAUGUGCAGUGCAGAUUGGAUAGGUAGACCAUGUUUAGCGCCGACACUGAGCCACAGAUUUACACCAUAGGAUGAGAUCCUUCAUGUCAAGCCAUUUCCUGGAUUAAGUAGUCAAAAACUCUCCGAUGUACGUAAAUCUUAUUUAGAUCUAUUGGGUAGCUUGACAGACAAACAUUUCGGCCUAAGCCAUCUUCAACAUCUUACAGACAAUGAUGCCAGUCAAGGCAAGUCACUCCCUGUAAUUAUGAACGAACAACCAGGGGCAUUUCCAUAGAUUUCCAUUAAACAUCUUUGGCUGAGGUGUGCUCAUGGGACAUGUUUCAGGUGAAUGUGUUUCAUGUGAAUUUGGAAAACAAAUGAAAUUCUUUCCUAAUCACAAAUUGUUUAGUUUUUAGUGAUCU